AUGAUAGGAGUACUAGUGACUGUUAACACUGACAAGAUCUACCAAAAAUUUACAUUUAAUGUGAAACCACCCAAGACUACCUGCAGAGUGUUUCUUCUUGAAUCAUAUCAAAUGCUUCAGACCUUGAUGUUCACCAUUGAGGAGGUCAACAGUGAUCCCUAUCUUCUGUCAAACAUUACGUUAGGAUAUCAGAUGUAUGACACGUGUAACAUACCUCACUAUGAAUUGCAAGGAGCUUUACAGUUUCUGACUGACGCUAGUACGACGUUCACUAACAACCAGUGCCAUUCUAGAUCAUCCUUCGCAGCUACUAUUGGAUCUGAAGUUUCAACCAACUCAAUUAUCUUGGCUCAUUUCUUGGGAACCUUCAAAUUUCCACAGGUCAGUCAAUUAUCAAGUCUCUCUCUCCUGAGUAAUAGGAAACUAUUUCCAUCCUUCUUCAGGGUUGUUGCAAGCGAUAAAUUGCAAUCCGUUGGACUGGCUCAGUUUGUUGUGAGUUUUGGUUGGACUUGGAUUGGUCUUGUUGCGAGUGACAGUGAUUAUGGUCUUCAGGGAAUUUACCCAAUUAGACAAGAGUUGAUCAAGGCUGGAGCAUGUAUUGCUUUUAUGGAAUAUAUUCGUAUAAGUCUACCAGAUCGCAAUGCUCCACGAAUAGUGCAGACCAUCAAAGAGUCUACAGCUAUGGUUGUCAUUGUGUUUGCUAAUGAAGUUGAUGUUGUUCCUAUUGCAAAUGAGAUGCUGAAACAAAAUGUCAAGGGAAAAAUUGUGAUUGGCAAUGCUGGUUGGAUCAGGUCACUUAUAUUGACAACAAGUAAUUAUUUCCAGGUUUUAAAGGGCACACUUGGCUUAGGUAGUGAUGAUACUCUUAUUCCAGGAUUAAAGCAGUUCCUGAAGAAUACUCAUCCACUAUCAUCUGGAGGACCAAACUGGGUGAAGCAAUACUGGGAAAAACUUUUUAACUGCACAUUUUCAUACAGUGACAAUGUUUUAAGUUCCGUAAAGAGAAACUGCACUGGAAAAGAACAGAUAGAUGAAAUAAUUGACAGUUUUAUGUUCAACAACAGCCUAAAAUAUACUAGGUUUAUGUAUGCUGCUAUAUAUACCUUGGCUAAAGCUUUAGAUGACAUGAAAAUCUGCAAGCCUGGAGAGGGACCAUUUUCUGGUGGGACUUGUGCAAACAUUUGGAACUUCAAACCAUGGCAGCUCACCUAUUAUAUAAGAAAAAUAAGAAUAAUGUUGAACAUUGGGAAAGAGAUCUACUUCGAUGAGAAUGGUGAUUUACCUACGGUCUAUCGAGUUGUGAACUGGCAAAUGAAUCCGGAUGGGACCGUGGUACAAGUUAAGAUUGGCUCCUUUACUACUUCGGAUAAAGCUAUGACCUUUAACUCAAGUCUGAUCGUAUGGCCUACUGGAGAACAACAGGUUCCACGUUCUGUCUGUAGUGAGAGCUGUCACCUGGGAUUCAGGAAAUCAGCCAUCCAAGGCCGACCUUCCUGCUGCUUUGAAUGUGUUCCCUGCCUACAAGGAGAGAUCUCCAAUCAGACAGAUUCUUUUAUCUGUUUCAGAUGUCCAUGGGACCAAUGGCCAAAUCAAGAAAAAUCCAGCUGCAUCAUGAAACCGUUUGAGUUCCUGUCAUAUGAGGAAGCAUUAGGAGCCACCUUAGCUGCAUUCAGCUUGAUCUCUUCCAUUGUCCCUCUUCUUAUUUUGAGACUUUUUAUAAAGCAUAGAAAAACCCCUAUUGUAAAAGCCAGCAAUUAUUCCCUGAGUUGCCUUCUGUUGGUCUCCCUUUGUCUCUGCUUCCUCUGCUCCUUAGGAUUUAUUGGUUAUCCAGAACACAAGAAAUGCCUCCUACGUCAGGUAUCCUUUGGUCUGGUUUUCUCUCUUUGUGUUGGAUGCAUUUUAGCCAAGACAAUCAUGGUGGUUUUUGCUUUUAUGGCCACUAGACCAGGAAGCAGUCUACGGAAAUGGACCACAUUCAGAGUUUCUUACUCUAUUAUUGUCCUCUUUUGUAUGUUACAGUUCAUCCUAUGUGUUGCUUGGCUGUCCAUUGCUCCUCCCUAUGGACAGUAUAACACCAAUAUUAAACCUGAACUCAUCAUCAUUGAUUGCAAUGAGGGAUCAUCCAUUGCCUUCUGGACCAUGUUGGGUUAUCUCUUUCUUCUGGCCACCAUUAGUUUCAUUGUAGCCUUCCUGGCUCGGAGGCUUCCCGACAGCUUUAAUGAAGCCCAGUUCAUUACCUUCAGCAUGUUGGCCUUCCUUAGUGUCUGGGUGUCUUAUAUCCCAGCCUCCCUCAGUGCUCAGGGCAAGUACACCGUAGCUAUGGAGAUCUUUGCGAUCUUAGCAUCCAGUUGGGCUUUGGUUAUAUGCAUGUUUCUUCCUAAAUGUUUUUUCAUACUAUUCCGACCCGAGACAAACUCCAAGGGAAAUAUCAUGGGGAAAAACAAAGAUAUCACUCUAUAG